AUGGCUCUUCUCCGGCGAGACUCCCUGGUAACCAGGCAGCUGCUGCGGUUGGUUCUGUUACACACGGCCUGGGAGGUGGGCAGCGGCCAGGUCCGUUAUUCCGUGCUGGAGGAAUCCAAACACGGCACCUUUGUGGGCCGCCUGGCCCAGGACCUGGGGCUGGAGGUGGCGGAGCUGGUGCCUCGGAUGUUCCGGAUGGUCUCCAACAGCAGGAGAGACUAUUUUGAGGUAAAUUUGCAGAACGGCGUUUUGUUUGUUAAUUCGCGAGUAGACAGGGAAGAGCUGUGCGGCCAGAGCCCCCUGUGCGCCAUUGACCUGGAGGUGAUAGUGGACAAACCCCUGAGGAUAUUUCACGUGGAAGUGGAGAUACAGGAUAUAAAUGACAAUGCUCCUGUGUUCCCUGUAAAUGAAGAACUGCGUAUCUCAGAAUCGAGAACGCCAGACUCACGUUUCCCACUAGAGGGCGCUUCUGACGCAGAUAUUGGUACAAACUCUCUGCUAACCUAUAAACUCAGCUCAAGUGAACAUUUCACUCUAGACUUGCAAAAGAACGACGAAGACAGUGAGUUUUUAGUUCUUGUAUUGAAAAAAACACUGGACAGAGAGGAAGCCCCUAUGCAUCGUUUAUUACUCACUGCUACUGAUGGGGGCAAACCGGAGCUCACCGGCACAGUUCAGCUGGUGAUCACGGUGCUGGAUGUGAAUGAUAACGCGCCUGUAUUUAAUCAGUCCGUUUAUAAGAUCCGAUUGUUCGAAAAUGCAGCUAAUGGGACAUUAGUCAUCAAACUCAACGCCACAGAUUUGGAUGAUGGAAUUAAUAAAAAUAUUAUAUAUUCGAUACGCGGCCGUGCGACACACAGCGGAAGUGCCGUGUUUAGCCUACUUCCAGACACAGGAGAGAUCGGAGUCAACGGAGAAUUGGACUUCGAAGACACUAAUUUAUAUGAAGUUCGGGUUCAGGCUACGGAUAGAGGUAAUCCUCCAAUGGUCGGACAAUGCACUAUUUUGGUGGAAGUGUUAGACGUGAACGAUAACGCCCCUGAGCUGGCCGUGACUUCCCUUUCUCUGCCGGUUCCGGAGGACGCUCCCCCGGGGACAGUGGUGGCUCUUAUUAGCGUCUCUGACCGGGACUCGGGAGACAACGGCAAAGUCACCUGCUCCAUCCCCCCGAACCUGCCCUUUCAGCUCGUCUCCACCUUUAAGAAUUAUCACUCGCUGGUGCUGGCGGAGGCCGUGGAUCGGGAGCGAGUGUCUGAAUAUAAGAUCCUGGUGACAGCCAGAGACGAAGGGGCCCCGUCUCUCUCGGCCAGUAGCAGCAUUUUGGUGCCGAUCGCGGAUGUGAACGAUAACGCCCCCGCUUUCCCUCAGCCCGUUUACACGGUGUUUGUGAAGGAAAACAACCCGCCCGGGGCCCAUCUCUUCACCGUGUCGGCCUCGGACCCGGACCUGAGGGAAAACGCCUUUGUGAGCUACUCAGUGGUGGAGCGGAGUGUGGGAGAGCAGCCCCUGUCCAGCUACAUCUCGGUGCACUCGGAGAGCGGGCACAUCUAUGCCCUGCAGCCCUUUGACUACGAGGAGCUGCAAGUGCUGCAGUUCCAGGUGAGCGCGAGGGACGCCGGGUUCCCGUCGUUGUGCGGGAACGUGACUGUGCAGCUCUUUGUCCUGGAUGAAAAUGACAACGCGCCCGCAGUGUCCCCGGCUGGCUCCGGCCGCGGCUCGCCAGGGCCCGAGCUGGUUCCGCUGUCGGCCGGCGCAGGGCACGUGGUGGGCAAGAUCCGAGCGGUGGAUGCGGAUUCCGGCUACAACGCGUGGCUUCGCUACGAAGUGCAGGAGCCCAGGGCUGCGGGGCCUUUCCGGGUGGGUGUGUACAGCGGGGAGAUCAGCACCACGCGGGCCUUGGAGGAGGCGGACGGCCCCAGCCAGAGACUCGUGAUCCUGGUGAAGGACCAUGGGGAACCGGUGCUGUCAGCGACAGCCACUGUCAGCCUGUCCCUGGUGGAGAGUCCCCAGGCUGUGAAAUGGGACUCGAGGCAAAGGGGCGGGAGCGAAGGGCCCUUGGUUGACAUGAACGUGUCUUUAAUGAUCGCUAUUUGCUCGGUGUCCGGGCUGUUUGUGCUGGUGAUUGUCGUGUACGUUGGCCUGAGAUGCCACCCGGGUCCGGAAGUGAUGUGCGGGCCUGGGAAAGCCACCGUGGUGUGCUCGAGCGAAGUGGGGAGUUGGUCCUAUUCCCAGCGCCAGAGCCGGAACUUGUGUGUAGGGGAAGGCACCGCCAAGAAUGAUCUCAUGGUUUUCAGCCCCAACUUUCCUAACUCCUGGGAGAAUGGAGAGGCAGGGAAGGGGCAGUUGCUUACACCAAAUGCAUCAGGAAUGGUGAGUCAUUGGAGUCAGUCCUGA